AUGGGCAGAACACUUCCACCCCGUCUUUCGCUACCCGAAGCAGAGGCAGCACUCUCACCGCCGCACAUGGGCACAACCAAAUCUUUCAGGUUCUUAGAUCUACCAAAGGAGAUACGUCUUAUGGUCUAUGAGGAGCUACACCCGGUUACGCGGCGUCAGAACGUGCACCUACAGGACGGUCAAGACCAUCUGACGCUGAUCUACACGACGAUACCAGGCAUAUCCAUCCUAGCAACCAGCCGUCACCUCCACUCCGAAGCAUCCUACAUACUCGCACCGCACGGUCAGAAGAUCGUAGCAGUACCACCAACAAUUGCCAUCAAGGCCGACCAACUCCUCGGCCUAUUAGAUCUCCGCGACUCGUUCGCCAUCCCCCGCACAUUCUGGGACUGGUUUCUCCGACAUCUAAAACGCAGCAACUCCAGCUGCAUGAAAGAUAUUCGACGCUAUCGCGCUGGUAUAUUAUCAGACGACGAAUUCCGUAUCAGACUCAACACAAAAGCCUUCACUCGCAACGUCGACACAAGAACGUUGGAGGCACUGACAGCCUUUAUCCUCCGCACUAUCAAAUACAUCGGCACAAAACCGGACACCAUGUACAAAUAUCCCCCUCUCACUGUCGUCAUCGAGAUUCCGAAUAACUUCCAAGGCCUACCUGUGACGACGAUAACUACCAAAGCAAAGAGAUUCGCAUCGGCCAGUCUGAUCUACCUUGGUUACUACAUCGGUUCGUCUAUCACGCUUGUUGGGCUGGUAACUGGCGGAGCAUAG